AUGGCAUCCCUCACGCCUGGGUUGCUCUCCAAGCUACUGCAGAGCGCUGGCAACAAGGAGGUUAGAAUCACUGGUGAGCACCGAUCUGCCCUUCUUCAAGUCAUAGAAAUCGUUCCCUCUCUCUCUGGAGCUCCAAAUGAUCCCUGGCACAGCAGAGGCUUCUUCUUGAAAGUCUCAGACUCUCUGCAUUCCGCUUACGCCUCCAUCUCUGAUGAGGACUUGGACUUGAUUUACAGUGACAAAAUCCAACUGGGUCAGUUCGUUUAUGUUUCUCGCUUAGAUGUUUCUGCCUCUGGCUCUCCUGUUCCUGUUCUUCGUGGGCUAAAGCCUGUCCCCAAUAAGAGGAGGCCUUGUGUUGGGAAUCCUAAGGAUUUGGUGUCCAGUGAUUCUUUGCCUAGUGGUAAUAUUAUAUCAGCUGAUUUUAGCAAAGACAAGGAGAAGAAGUCAUCAAGUCGACCAAGACCAUCCAAGAUUAACAAUAUUGUCAAAAAAUCAGAUAUUUUUCUGGAUUCUUCCAACCGCAGGAAAAUGAAUUCUUUAGGGAAUGCCCACAAUAAGGUGCAAGGAAGUUUGGACCAAACGAGGAGAUUGAGUUUGGACUCUGCUAGGAGGGUCUGGGACCACCAAAUUCCAACCCCAAAAACUGUGCCUCUCUAUAAAUCAUCCAAAAAUGUUCAUUCUGAUAAGAACGUUCCUUCCAAGAUUGAUUCAUCACACAAGCGCCUAUCUUUAAGUCUCUCACCAUUGAAAGCCAAGAAUGGGACCUCUUCACCCACUGCAACUGUCAAGCCUUUGACAAAAAAUUUGAAGUCAGCUACUGACCAGGCUAUUCCUAGUCUACUUGCUCAGGUUCCCCUGAGUUCCAAAACUUGGUCCAAAUGUAGAAUUUCCUGGGAUGCAAUUCCUCCUGCCUUUCACAACCUUGGAAAGGAAACUCUUAGUUGUAAGAAUGCUGCAGUUUUGACUGCUGCACGUGCACUUGAAGAAGCAUCGGCUGCUGACAAUGUCAUUCAUUGUAUGCAAGCAUUUGUGGAACUGCAUGAGUCUGCACUAUCAGCAUCUUUAGGACAAUUAGUGGAGCAAUAUUUGGACCUGUACCAGAACAUGCAGAGAUCAGCAAUGAUGGUUCAUUGUUUACUCAGCGAUGCAAGCCUUCAUGAAACAAAAUCAAGCAAUUAUGACAGCCUGCGACAUGUAGUGCCUGAUGUGUGUAAAAGUUCAACAAAUAUUAAUGCAGCAUCUUGGGUUCAUGCUGCUAUACACGCUAAUCUUUCCAAAUUCAGUUUGUUCAAGAAGCCAGAGAAGAGUAAAGUUUUGAACAGUGAUAAACAUCAUUAUGUCAUCCUAGAUAAUUCCUUGGAGGAAUUGAAUUCUGAGAAUCAAUCGCCUAAAAGAAAACUGAUUCAUAGAAACCAUAGCAGGUUUAUUCCUGAUCCAGGUUCGAAGCGGGUGCCAUCUCCUUCAAAAAAACAUCUCACCUCUAUAAAGAAAGUGAAUCCUGAAAGGAGAGAUUGUCCUAGGGGAAGCGGAUUAAAGGAGACAGCAAGUUUAGCAGAAAAGUUGCUCUUAGAUUCUCGUGAAUGGUUCUUGAGGUAUAUGGAGGAUUCAUUGAACAUCGGUUUUGUGUUAUGCGGAGGGAAAAGUUCUGAGAUUGCAGGUCUUCUAGGGCAGCUUAAGAGGGUGAACCAUUGGCUGGAUGACCUAGUUGGUGGUGGGGUUCAGGUUGAUGCGAGGAUAGAAGGCUUGAAGAAGAACUUAUAUGGAUUUCUGCUUGAACAUGUUGAUUCUGCCAUUGUCACUGGUAAGUAG